AUGGGAAUGGAAUGGGCUACCAAGAAUAUCAUAAUCAGCAUCUGUAUCCUCAUCAUCAAAUGCGGCCACCGCCACCGCCUCUUUAUCCUGUGCAGCAACCCUAUCUACAACCACCGCCGCCGCCGCCACCACUGCCGCCACUUGAAUACCAACGUCCUUAUCCUAUGCCUCCUUAUCCCCCUCAAUAUCCUUAUCCUUAUCCUUAUCCCCUUCACCCACAACCACCCCGAGAACCAGAUCGUCCGCCAGUUCCAAAACCUGAUCCAUGUCCUGUGA